AUGGACCCAAGCACCAGCGGACUCGCCCAGAGGUUGGCUGAAGCCGACCAGUCUCACCUCUUGCAUUUCUGGAACCAGCUGAGCCCUGCUGAGCAGGCCGAAUUGACCCUCGACCUGCAGGGGAUGGACUUUCAGGAGAUCAACGGAUUCUUCAAGAACGCCAUGGAGACAUCCAGCAACAGCAAACACGAGAAGAUGGACGCCCGCAUGGAGCCGGUGCCCCGGGAGGUGCUGGGGAGUGUGACGAGGGACAGGGAGAGUCUUAAAGACUGGGAGCUAACAGGUCUGCACUGCAUCUCUCAGAGUAAAGUGGCGGUCCUGCUGCUGGCUGGGGGCCAGGGAACCAGACUAGGGGUCUCUUACCCCAAAGGCAUGUACGACGUGGGGCUGCCGACCCACAAAACCCUCUUUCAGAUCCAGGCUGAACGCAUAUUGAAGCUGCAACAGCUGGCUGAGCAGAAACACAAAAUCAAGUGCUGUAUUCCCUGGUACAUUAUGACCAGUGGCAGGACAAUGGAGUCCACCAAGGACUUCUUCUCACAACAUAACUAUUUUGGCUUGGACAAGAACAACAUCGUCUUCUUUCAGCAGGGCAUGCUACCAGCCAUGGACUACAAAGGCAAAAUCAUCCUGGAGAGCAAGGGAAAGCUCUCCAUGGCCCCUGAUGGGAACGGGGGUCUUUACAGAGCACUGGGGAACCAAGGCAUCAUGGAUGACAUGGAGCGGAGGGGGGUUGAAUCCAUCCAUGUGUAUUGUGUAGAUAACAUCUUGGUCAAAGUGGCAGACCCUGCCUUUAUUGGUUUCUGUGUGCAGAAGGGAGCGGACUGUGGAGCUAAGGUGGUGGAGAAAACCAAUCCGACAGAGGCGGUGGGUGUGGUCUGCAAGGUGGAUGGGCGUUACCAGGUGGUGGAGUACAGCGAGAUCACCCUGGCAACCGCUCAGAAGCGCAGCCCUGACGGCCGACUGAUGUUCAACGCAGGAAAUGUGGCCAAUCACUUCUUCAGCUUCUCCUUCCUCAGAGACGUAGUAAAGAAGUACGAGCCACAGCUGCAGCACCACGUGGCCCAGAAGAAGAUCCCACACGUGGAUACUGAGGGUCAGCUAAUCAAACCAGACAAACCGAAUGGGAUUAAAAUGGAAAAAUUUGUCUUUGACAUCUUCCAGUUUGCCAAGGCAUUUGUUGUGUAUGAGGUGCUGCGGGAGGAUGAAUUCUCCCCUCUAAAGAAUGCAGACAGUCAGGAUGGAAAGGACACGCCCACCACAGCCAGACACGCCCUCAUGUCCCUCCAUCACCGCUGGGUGCUCAACGCUGGAGGCCACUUCAUCGACGAGAACGGCAGACGUGUGCCCGCCAUACCCAGAGACGGAGCAGCAGGCAGUGUCACAGAUGAUGGCAACAGAAACCUGAAAGACGGAACAGACCUGCCAAUCAAAUGUGAGAUCUCCCCACUGGUGUCCUACGGGGGAGAGGGCCUUGAAGAGUUGGUGAAGGGACGAGAGUUUCAUCCAACACUGAUGAUCGACGAGAAUGGAGUCCACGAGCUGGUGAAGAACGGGGUUUAAGACAAUGAUUGAGGGACAACUCAAAGACCAACCUCCCUUUGUCUCUCAACACUUGAGGGGAGAAACUGUGAUGUCAUCGCUGUGCAAUAACAAAUGGUGCGUGCAUGUGUUCAUGAAAGAGGCCGUCCAAGAUGAAUGAACGAGCAAGAGGAAGUGUAUUGUUUACUUUUCAGCAGCAAUGUUUCUUUGCUUUGUAUAUUGUAUGUCAUACUUGGUUCAUAUUUGUUUUGAAGAGCACUUGAACACAGCAUGAUAUGAAGGACGAAAUCCCUGUCACACUGACUGGAUGAAACAGUCUUCAGGUGCUUCUAUUUAUUUCGCUUAUGAGAAUUAUUUUUAUAUGUACUGAUAGAUGCUCUAUAGGUGGAAAUUACCAUCUUCUCAUUUUACCUGGUGAUUUUUAUACAACAUUGGACUGAGAUGAAGCAAUCAGAAAGAUGUUUCUUUUUAGCAUUUUAGCAUCGAGGUACAUGGUACAGACUGUGGGGGGUAUUUAUAAUAUCUGCUUCUUUUCUGCUUGUAAUCAUUGAAGAUUGGAUAUUAUUCAGCUUUAAGAGAUGCAAUGAUUUCUACCAUCUUUAUUAAAGAAAUUUCCUACUUGGAAAAA